CAGCUAAAGCGAACCCGGAAGUGGCGGGUAGGCCUCCCCUGGGGGGCGUGGCCUGCCGCCAAGAUGGCGGCGCCCAUAGUGCGCAUGGGGGCGUGGCCAGCGCAGAGCGCAGGAGCAUGGAGGGGAACGGGCCGCGGCGCCCUGAGGUAUUCCCCGAGCUGAAGAACGACACGUUCCUGAGGGCGGCAAGAGGAGACAAGACAGAGUACACGCCCGUCUGGUGCAUGCGGCAGGCUGGGCGCUACCUCCCAGAGUUUCGUGAGACCCGUGCCACCCAGGACUUCUUUGCCACCUGCCGAAGCCCCAAGACGUGCUGUGAGCUGACCCUGCAGCCUCUGAGGCGAUUUCCCCUGGAUGCGGCCAUCAUCUUCUCAGACAUCCUGGUGGUGCCCCAGGCACUGGGCAUGGAAGUGGUGAUGGUCCCCGGCAAAGGGCCCACCUUCCCAGAGCCCCUGAAGGAGGUGGAGGACCUGCUGAAGCUACGGCCGAACGUGGACGUGGCAGCGGAGCUGGGCUAUGUCUUCGAGGCCAUCACGCUCACGCGGCACCGCCUGGAAGGCAAGGUGCCGCUCAUCGGCUUCUCCGGCGCUCCAUGGACGCUCAUGUCAUACAUGAUCGAGGGCGGCGGCUCGAACACCAUGGCCAAGGCCAAGGCCUGGUUGUAUCGGCACCCCGAGGCCAGCCACCGCCUCCUGCGCAUCCUGGCGGACCUCAUCGUGCAAUACCUGGUGGGGCAAGUGGCGGCCGGCGCGCAGGCGCUGCAGCUGUUUGAGUCCCAUGCUGGACACCUGGGCCCGGAGCAGUUCGGGGAGUUUGCCCUGCCCUACCUGCGGGACAUCGUGCAGCGGGUGAAGAGCAGGCUGGAGGAGGCUGUGCUGCCCGCUGUGCCCAUGAUUGUCUUUGCCAAGGACGCGCACUACGCGCUGGAGGAGCUGGCGCGGUCCGGCUGUGACGUGGUCGGCCUUGACUGGACCAUCCAGCCCCGGGAAGCGCGGGAGCGGACAGGCCCAUGCGUGACCCUCCAAGGCAACCUGGACCCUUGUGCCCUCUACGCACCCAAGGAGCGGAUCGGGGAGCUGGUGAAGAUGAUGCUCGAAGGGUUCGGGACCCAGCGCUACAUCGCCAACCUGGGUCAUGGAUUGUACCCCGACGUGAGCCCCGAGCACGUGGGUGCCUUCGUGGAAGCUGUGCACACACACUCCCGCCACCUCAGCCGGCACAAGUGACCCUGCCUGCCCACGGGCCCUGGGGCUGCCAUGCCUGGGGGAAGACCAGCGGGACCAAAACCCAUCCCGGCUCUCCCAGUUGGACCGCAGCAGCAGGGGCCGAGUCGUAUCAGCUCAGCAUUAAAUCUGGUCGUGAUGA